AUGUCUGCAGCCUUGUGCGCCCAGCUUCUUCUUCUUCUUCUUCUUCUUCUUCUUCUUCUUCUUCUUCUUCUUCUUCUUCUUCUGCGUCUUCUUCUUCUUAUUCGGCUUCUUCUUCUUCUUCUUGUUCUUCUUCUUUAUUUUUGUCUUCUUCUUCUUAAUGCGUAGGCAUUAAUUCUGGCUUAUUUCUUUGGUGUUUUUUCCUUUUGCUUACGUUUAUCAGCCUUGUUUCUUUCUUCGUUUUUUUCUCUGCGCAUUCUUUUUUACUUCUUUUCUUUUCGUUUUUGGGACUUUUUUCGCUUUUUUUCCUUUUUCCUUUUCGUUUUUUUCUUUCUCUUUUUCUUCUCUUGGCUUUAUUUUUUUCUACGUUUUCUCUUAGUUUUUCUUGUUUUUUGUUUUUUUUCCUUUUUUGUUAUGGUGUGCCUUGUUUUUUAUUUUUCUUCUGCUUUCCUUUUUUCUCCCUCCACUCUUUUUUCUUUCUUUUACUUUUAGUCUGAUUUUUCAUUGAAAUUUUUCUUACCUUUACGUUUCCUCGUCUUCUUUUUUGGAGCGUUUUUUAUUAAGUUUUUGUAUUUUUAAAUGAAAUCUUUUUAAUCUGUUUCUUUUUUUCGCAUUUUUUCUCAUUUUUAAUACCCUGAUUGUUAUUCUUUGUCAAAUAUUUGCUCCGGCCAGUUUAACUCCACCUUCAAUGUUGGAUUACUACAUUUCACGUGACUUUUUCAUCUUUUGUUUGGUGCCUUUUGUGUAGUCUUUUAUCCUUUAUGGCUAAUAUUUUUACAGAUCUCUAUCGUCACACGUAAACAAUUUUCUUUUAGCGGGUUUGUAACAUUGCGUACUUAGAUGUUUUUUAGAGAUUGUGUCAUCGUUAGCCUAAAUUUGCAUUUAAAUGGCUUCAAAAGACGUUUUAAUAUUAAACAUUUGUUCAUGACUGCCUGUGUACACAUCUUCUUUCAAAACGGAUAGUUCGAUCUUCAGAGCGCAUUCUUAGGCUAAUUGUUACAUCGGAUCCAUCUCGUCACUUCAUCAUUCACAAUACUGACCUAAGUUAACCACUCUCUUCUAGAAACUCCUAUGCCGCCGACCAACACUACGAAUGCUACCACAGCGCCCCCCUGUCAGACUACGACCACGCCGUGUCCUUGCCACACCACGACCACGCCGUGUCCUUGCCAGACUACGACCACGCCGUGUCCUUGCCAAACCACGACAACGCCGUGUCCUUGCCAGACUACGACCACGCCGUGUCCUUGCCAAACCACGACAACGCCGUGUCCUUGCCAGACCACGACCACGCCGUGUCCUUGCCAGACUACGAAACCACCGUGUCCAUGUCAUACUACGAAACCACCGUGUCCUUCCCAAACAACGGGUAAAUGCUAAUUAGUAACAGACCAUUAUUUGCCCGGCUUCAUGCCACCAUGUACUUGGUUAAAAGUGCGCUGUCUGGGGGCCGGUGAUUAACAAACAUAGAAUACUCUAAAGUAAACAUCCGUCAUUUUCAGUUUGUUUUCUGGGGAACUAGACAGAUUGCGGAUCUUCAGUAACACCCAUACCGUUAUUAGUUUAUAAGAUAACAAACGGCCAUUUGGUAUUUCCGUUUCAGCCAAUCCCUGUCCACUUGCUGCAAAAUGUAAGUAACAUGCCAAGUAAAAUUUAGUGUACUCAUUUAAAAAUUCAGCCCGUAUUUUCACUUUGCAUUCUAUAAAUGACAGAAAUGUCCAUGCCCAUGUCAUGCUAAGACCACGCCAUGUCCUUGCCAUACUACGAAACAGCCGUGUCCUCCUUAAACAACCCGUAGGUGUUAUGAGUAACAGGCUAUUCUCUGUUAAAUCUCACUCUAACAUGCUCUCAGAUGAUUUUAAGCUGUGUAGAGUCCGGUACUUGACGAUUCCCCUGCGUUCUGGUAAAACAGAGACGAAGAUUAUGCUAAUGCAAAAGCUCUUCGUUUAUAACUAAAUUCCUAGGCAAACAGAAGCAUUUUGGACUUUUGAUAUAAGUUUAAAUGUCCGUAAACGUUUGAUUUGUCAGAGACAGUUUAUACCUACCGAACGGUCGUUAGAUGCAAGUCCUAUUUCAAGCUAGAAUCAAAUGAUUUUAAACAAUAUUACUGGACCUACCUUGACUAUAUACAUUUAUUAUUUUAACGUUCAUGACUAUUUGCCAUCAUCCCUUAUAAUAGUGACAUACACUGUUAAGAGGUUCUAAAUUUAAUGUUGUGAAUGUUGCCUAUUUCAUUAUAGGAGUCACUAA